GCCUUUAUUGUGAAAUAUCAAAUAAUACAAUGCCUAGACGUAAAAAAGGAGGAGAUCUUGCCAGUUCUGCAGCGAAACGGCGGAAACAAAAAGAACAUAGAAGAAAUGAAACGGAAGAAGAGCGCGAAGCACGUUUACAAAAUCAACGAACUAGGAUGAGAACUCUGAGAAGCACAAAAAAUGAAGAAAGAAAAGAGAACGAAAGUAUAGAAGAAUCGAGAAUUUUAAAAGAUAAUUUAACAAAGGAAGCAUUCCACUACGAACCGACGAAAAAAUAUUACAAUCAUAAACAUGUUGUGAUCGGAAAAAUGGAUAACAUUUGCCAAUUUGGCCACGCGAAAAAAUUCAGUAAAGAAACAGCAGGUCUCUGUUGCAUGAAUGGAAAAAUUCGACUACCACCACUGGAAGCACCUCCUACAUUACAUGACCGGGGAAACACAAGAAUCAAAACACUUUCUUCAAAAUAUAAGAUCAUAUAA